UUGAAGAAAAACCCUCAAAUGUGACCUGAGUAUAACUGAACAGUGUGAACUGUCCUAUACAUCGGAAUGGGGUAUUAAUCCCAUGAUCCACUGCUUUGGGAGGUCCUGCCAAUAGGGCUCUGGGACAGGAGGAGGAAAGUGCAGGAGGCCCUGCCCGCUCACCCAAGUAGACACAGUCUGACUGCUGGGGUUCAACAGUGUGACCAAUCUUGAUUCAUACACUCACAGCAAAGGCUCCAUCUGUCUCAUGGAUUAUAGAUCUAAAUUGAUGGCUUCAGUAACAGAUGCCAGAUACAGACACAAUGAUGCUUCAGACCAAAAUUUCGAUUACAUGUUCAAACUCCUGAUCAUUGGCAACAGCAGUGUGGGCAAAACGUCCUUCCUCUUCAGAUACGUUGAUGACACUUUCACACCAGCUUUUGUUAGCACAGUCGGAAUUGACUUCAAAGUGAAAACUGUUUACAGGAAUGACAAGCGGGUGAAACUGCAGAUCUGGGAUACUGCUGGACAAGAGAGAUACAGGACCAUCACUACAGCCUAUUAUCGAGGCGCUAUGGGGUUCAUCCUGAUGUAUGAUAUCACCAGUGAAGAGUCGUUUAAUGCAGUGCAGGACUGGGCCACUCAGAUCAAGACCUAUUCCUGGGAUAAUGCACAAGUCAUUGUGGUUGGAAACAAGUGUGACAUGGAGGAUGAAAGAAUCAUUCCUCUGGAAAAGGGUAAACAUCUGGCUGAUCAGUUAGGUUUUGAUUAUUUUGAUGCCAGUGCCAAAGAGAACAUCAAUGUGAGACAGGUCUUUGAGCGCCUAGUGGAUAUAAUCUGUGAAAAGAUGUCGGAGAGUAUAGAGUCUGACCCGUCCAGAGGCAGUUCUGGGAAGAACAUGCGGCUCACAGACAACCCACCCCCUUUGCAGCAGAACUGUUCCUGCUAGUGAUUUUAAUCUCUGUGAAUCUCUCUCUCCCCUUCCCUGAACACACUUUAUCUUGUCACAUGUGAUGAUGUAUUAUCAUAUUGUCUAAAGGCUGAAGUUUCUGUUAUAGUGGAAAUGGACGUGGUUGUUAAAUGUCCUGGAAAGUUUAAUGUUAAAUAUAUCUAAUACACCUAAUAUUGUAAAACAAACAAAAAACCUAAAUAAAUAUUGUAAG